AUGAGCUCCGAAGGCCCUGCCUUUCCGGUGUCUGUGUCCGACCUGCACUUUCCCUCUGCGGCUGUAUCCGUAUCACAACUGUUAUCGUCGCUACGGCGAUCUGCUCUGUCCGUGACGAAUCGAUUGCGGUCCGUUGAAGCUGACGCCCGCUUCGUCCACGAGGUAGCCGACCACUACGAACUUCCCCUGAUUGCCAAUGAACGCUGCGGCAGCUGGUACAUCGAUCCUGCGCAAAAGGCGGCUAGUGCCUACUUCAAAAGCACAGAUGGCCAUACCGGCCAGUGGAACUUCAGCUUGCGCAGAUUGAAUUUACAAAUUCUCUCCCUAGCUCGAGAUCAUGGCGGGUGUAUCAUUGUGGACUCCACCCGUAGGGGUAAACUGAUGCCCGAUGCACUAUCUAAAACCAUCCCAAUAUGGUGUGCAGUCCUCAAUCGAACGCUAUUCCCAACUGAACCGGCCUUGCAUCCCGUCCAGUUUCCCCCAAACUUUCUGACUGCCUCGGAGGAAGCUCAGAUCGAGAAGCGUAUUGACGGCUUCGUCAAGGCUCUCCAGGAACUAAAACUAGACUUGAAACAAUUGACUCAGGACCUCGGUCAGCCCAUCCAGAUUGCGUGGGCCAAUCAAUCCUAUUUUUAUCCAACUGCAUUGCAAAAAGGAGAAAAGUACAACCUGUUUGUGCUCUGCUCUGCCUCGCGGCGAGUACACGGCGCAGAGGCCUCCGAAGGGGCUCCGGUGUUUUGGGAGAACAAAGAUUUAUUACUUGCUACUGAGGAAAGCGAGUUGCCUGAUGUUAUCAAAGAGUUAAUGCACAGCCAUGGAAAAGCUGACACUGGUCGACAAGCUGCAUUGCUUCGACCUUCUUCAAAUCUUUACAUUACCCAGGCCUUUGGCGCCUCGGGAGAGUACGGAGACUAUGAUCUCGUUAUUUCUUGCAACGACAAGCCCCCUGAAAGCGGCAGUAGUGCAAAUAGACUUGAUUUAGGAUGUGGUCCCCACAAAAUUGGCAGUCGAGAUUUACGGUCUGCUUUGGGAAAGGUUAUUGACUUUGUGGAAAAGCACUUCAACACUGAUGCUUCCCAAUCAUUGUUGGUGGCGUGUGAGACCGGAAAAGACCUUUCUGUCGGCACUCUCCUAGCUAUCAUUUGUCGGUUCUAUGACGACAACGGAAAGUUUGUCGACAAACAACCACAGAACCAUAUAGACAAACAGUUUAUCCGUCAACGCCUGGCAUGGAUCAUCACUUCAAAACCCGACGCAAAUCCUUCCCGGGCAACGCUCCAGUCGGUUAAUGCCUUCCUUCUACAAAGACCUGAUUGA